AUGGAGGCGCGUGGCAUUCGCGACCAGAUCGUCGUUGCGACAAAGUAUACGACGAACUACAAGCGUGGUGCGAACAUUGCGCAGAAGAUCAACUAUGCGGGAAACAACUUGAAGUCGCUUCACAUCUCCGUGGAGGAAUCUCCCAAAAGGUUGCGCACGGACUAUAUUGAUAUCUUGCAUUUGCAUUGGUGGGAUUGGGACACUUCAGUGGAGGAGGUCAUGAAUGGCCUCCAUUAUCUUGUCGCGGCCAGAAAAGUUCUCCAUCUAAAAGCGAAUCAAUACGCUCGGAUGGCAGGCAAGACUCCCUUCGUCAUGUACCAAGGAUCUUGGUCGAUUAUGCAGCGCGAUUUCGAGCGUGACAUGCUUCCCAUGGCCCGAUCCGAAGGCUUGGCACUCGCUCCGUUCAGAGUGCUCGCCGGGGGGAUGAUCCGAACGGACGGAAAGGAGGAAAGGCGUAAGGGAUCGGGUGGGGACGGCCGGACGAUAUCUCGACCGGACUGGCUUCGGAUGGAGGCCGAACGCAAGGUCUGUAAAGCUCUGGAGGAGGUCGCGGCGCAGGUCGGUGCUGCGAACAUACAGGCGGUGGCAAUCGCCUACGUGAUGCAGAAGGCUCCGUACGUGUUCCCGAUCGUCGGUGGACGGAAAGUGGAGCAACUGGAGGACAACAUGAAGGCGCUCGACAUCAAGCUGUCGGACGAGCAGGUCAAAUUUCUGGAAGGCGUGCUCUCGUUUGACCUUGGUUUCCCUCAUUCUAUGGUGGGCAAUGGGACGGCACAUUCGCUGACGAUGCUGAACGCGGGACAUAUCGACAAGUGGCCGCGCCCGCAGGCCAUCCGUCCCGAAUAUGCCCUGGUCGAUAGCGAAUCGGAGACGGGCGGCUGA